GUGAUGGAGGAUACAAUGAUACAAUCAAUACAGCUGUUUCAUGCAAGAAGAUAAACUUUGACCCCACUUGACAUUUUGAAAGUCAUGUCAUGUUGCUCUUUAGGGGUGGAAAAACACCGGAUUUGUUUUUGCGCAUUUUGUAGAUUCCUCAUCCUCAACUAAGUUCAACAUGGGUAGUGGAGGCUAUGAUGUGAUGAUAAUUGGUGUUGAGUCUGAUAAUGAAUUUGCACAGUCUCUUGCAGAUUCUCUGAGUGAAGAUGGUUUGAGUGUGUGGACAUCAAACUCAAGUGACAAAUCAAUGUCAGUGGGACAGCUCCUAGUUGCAUCAAAGGUGCUUGUUAACAUUUUGAGUGAAGGAUCAACUUCAAGUCAACAAUGCGAAGAUCUCAUUUCAUUGGCCUACAUUUCAGACACGCCCAUCUUUCCAAUUGCUAGGGACUGCUUUCCAGCUUUGAACUGCAAGCUCUCCUUCUCAAUGAAGCUUAUUCUUGCAAAACUGAAUUGGAUGUUUUUUAUAAGUGAAGUAGACAGGAAGGAGAAUUACCCCGUGCUGAUAUCAUCCAUUCAACGAGCUAUAGCCAAGGGGCACGAGAAACCAGACAUCAGCGAAGGUAUCGAUGACAUCAGCGACGAACGAUUCGUCUACAUAAUUGGAAAUGAGGAGAACGUGGAGAGAGAAGUGGUAGACAAACCAGACUUUUGGGAGCGUAGAUUUGAGAGUAGAUCUCAGCUGGCAUGGGUAGACUUCCGUGAUGCUUUUGCUGACGAGUACAAGGAGCAGCUGAAGGAGAACUUCCCAGAGCAUCGACAAAAGUGGUUGAUGAACUUAAUCUACGGAGACAUCUUUGAGCUUCGUAAGAUGAUAACGAGGAAGAUGUACACAUCGUUCUGCUGUUGUAUUGCAACUGAUCCUGAUAAUUUCUAUCAUCGUAUCGUGGACUAUGCUCUUGGCGUGCUUGCGAUGCGCAGUGUGUUUGACAUGGAGAGUACAGUCAGAUUAGAUGCAGUUCAAAAUCUUGGCCAGUUCAAGACGCGCUCAGUAAUUUCAACUUUAAUUAAUCUUUUGAACGAUGGCGAUCCAAACAUGAGGGCAGUGGCAGCUAUCGCACUUGGCAAAACAGGGGUAAAAAAUUAUCGUGUAGUGCAGAGCAUGAUAAAAAAACUCAGCGAUGAUGAUCGGCUUGUUCGGGAAGCUGCUUGCAUAUCUCUUGGACACAUGAAGGCUGAAGAAUCUGUGCGGUACAUUGUUGCAUUAUGGCGUGGCGAUACCAUUUCACACGUCCGUCAAGCAGCAGAAGUUGCGUUGGGUCUCAUUAACUCACCAGAAUCGCAGGAAGCUAUCAGAAUUACACAAGUCCUCUCGGAUGAAAUGAACAGGUUGAAAUAAUAGCCAAAUAUUUCUAUAGUGUUGUUUUAAGCAAGAAAAUUUACUCAGUUGUGUCUUUCAUUGAACCUGGUUGAUGGAUGCUAUUCCAAUGAGCCAAUCAAUCGACAUAAACCUAUGUUAUGUGUAUGUUUAUGCUGUUUGACCUUGACACGGGCAUGCGCAGUUCAAACUACAAAUUUUCUUGAUCAUAUUUUAAAGAUUAUCUGAACAAUAAAAUUCAAACUUUCAUUUAAAAAUUAAAAAUAUUUUUCAGAAAAAAUAUUUAUAAAUACAUAAAUGAUGAUGAUCAUAAGUUGUAAACGUUAUUAAAUUCAUUAUUAUUUUUUUAUCAUUAUUUAUUAUUGGAUUGGAUUUAUUCAAUGUGAAAUACACGAAGGACAACCCACAAAAGUUUGAAAAUUUCUUCUGGUUGCUCUGCUUUCUUGUUUGUAGGAUAUUUACUGGUUUUUAGUUUUCCAAAUUUUUCUUUUUCAGCUGUUUAUUUCCUUAAGUUAAAGUUAAAUUUUAUUGCUCAAAAAAAGGAAAUUUGGUACUCACGUUAAGUGACAGUAAAAAUGAGCAUUUUCUUUAAAAUAUAUGUGAACGCUAUAUACAAAAUCUUUUUUUAUUAUUUCCAGUGGUGUCCUGGUAGCGAAUUUGGUAGUCCAUUGAGAAACAAUCCCUUAUUGUUUUUUUUUCACCAAUUAACAAAUGUAGAAAAAAAAAAUCAAUUUGUUCAAACAGCAAUUUUUAUUUAUAUAUAUUUAAGAAUUAAAUAAGAUUUAUACUAUUUAUAAUUAGGAUGACCAGUGUAUUUUAUUGAUGUAUUUUAUCUUCCAAUGUUGGAAAUAUUUUUCUAGAAUCGUUUGUUUGUGCCUUGUAAAUGUGAUACUAGCAUGUACAUUAGAUGUAUAGAA